AAAUGAGUAUGAAGUGUUUUGCUUUUAAGUUUUGUAGCAAUUAAUAAUAACUUUUUAUACUGUUUUUAUAGCUUAGUGUUAAUGUUUUCACUUUGUUUUAAGGAAGAAAAAUAAUAUUUUAAUCUAUAAUAUAUAUUUAGUGAUGGAGACUAGUGAAGAAAGAACUUCAGAUGACGUUAGGAAAGUUAUAAAAACAGCAAAACUACACGAAUCCGAAUUAACAGAAACUACGCAGAUAUUACGAUUUCCAAGUCCUGAUCAACAAAAUCAUAAUUUAAGACUAAUGCUUUUAGAUGACAAUUUACUGAAGGAAAUCGAAGCAGGAAACCAAUUAAUAUUUAAAGGCGAUACUGAUGAAAAUGCCGUCUUAUGUACGAGUAAUAAAACAUACGACAUUAAAGAAGCUGAGACUUCGAACAGCUUGCUAUUAGUACCCGAUUUGCUGUUCGCUGCUUCAACAGGCCUAGAUGAAACUAGCGCUAACAAUUCCAUGGAAGUCGACUCUGAUUCAUCAUUCGAAAGAUCAAAUACCAGCUUAAACAAAUCUACCGAAUGCGAUGAAGAGCAAUUACCCAGAAACAUCGUUUUUAAGGACAUAGUAGAUACAUUCUUUACCUAUUAUGAGCUGAAGCCUUGCAAACCUCGUUUAUCGAAAUUAAGAAAACUUCUGGAACCAACGAAAUAUCGAGGAUCUGAACUAGAAUACUCGGUUGAUAAAUCGAAGUUGCUAAAUUAUGAUGCGAUUUUUGAUCAAGUACAAUCAUCCAGAGAUGAGUUAAACGAAGAGCUAGUAAAGAUUCAGGCGAUUAAAAUCGAUGAACAUUAUCGAUUAUUAGAAUUCGAUUACGAAUUUCGGGUCCUUUCCUACAUGUUGGAUUUAAUCGAUGAAAAUUCCUGGUCAUUGGAUAAGAUAUCGAAGGAAGUAACAUUGGAGAGCUUGAAAGAUCUCGUUCCAGGGUGUAUAUUGGAAUCAAUGUUCAUGUCUUACACAGAGGAGUCUGUCAUGGAGGAUGGAAUACAGUACUAUCGAUAUAAAGAAAAUAAAGUUUGUAAGUUCUUGGCGAGAGUGUUGCUGAAAAGUGCGGGAAAAUUCAAUUUAGUUGAAUUCUUGCAAGCUUGGAGGGACUCCGUGCCGGAAGGGAUGACGACGGACGAAUACUUGUUAGCGGGCAUUGCUUUAGUAGACAAAACGUCAACCCCCCAAGUUGUAUGGGGUUUCUCGGAAAAUGAUUUGCCAGAGGACAUAAAUCAAAGGUUCAAAGUUCUAUUUCAAACGAAAGCAAAAUGGACGGUCAGCGAAAUAUCGCCAUACAUUGAAUUGUACGCCACAGAAAAAUUAAACGUGAACGCGUUGUUGACGAAGUAUGCGCGCGCAUCCACCCAAGAUGGCAUCCGAGUGUUCUCAGCGAAACACAUGAAAUGAUAUUUAUUUGUUGCAAAUUUGA